CCACCUAUCAUAAUACGUGACAUGCCAAAAGCGCACAUUUUUCUUCCCAUUGUUGCUUUGGAAUGAAAACCACGCUAUACACUGGAGAGGCGCACGCACAAGCCCACCCAACCCAACCUUGCCUAUUUUUCUUCUAUUUGUAUUUGUAUGCGGUGACAUUUCCUGAAGCAAUCUAGGGUUUUGUAGAAAUUUCAGGAAAAUCAAAAUUUAAGUUAAUUUAAUCGAAGGAUUUCCUCGGAUGGCGAAGAAGAGGAAAUCUGAUGCGACGCGGCUCGAUGAGGUGGAUCGAGGGAUAUACACUGCUUUCUGCAGUGCCGCCAAUAAUCUAUCUCAGCUGUACUCUCAGGCCAUGAACCAGCAGCGGCUAUCCUUCCAGGCCGGUGAACGACACGCGAUGGAGAAGCUUUAUAGUUGGAUUUUGAGGCAGCAAGAAGAUGGUGUUAGAGUGACGCCUGGUGACAUAGUUGCUUAUGUGCAGAACGAACUCGAUUAUGCAAUAGAGGAGCAGCAACAGCAACCAACACAAAAUAAUCCUAUUCAAUCGACUCACGCUGUAAUCCCAGUAUCUUCCAACUCGUUUGGUCCCACAAAUGUCACACAGGGAUUACGUUCGGGAGGAAACAACACUGACCAGUCCAAGAACAACUCUGUUUUCUCGAAUGCCCUAUCAAGUCCCGUUCGCCGGAGCUUACAGAACUAUCACCUCUCACAGAACGGCCAAUAUGCGAAUAAUUCCACUCGCGUUCUUCAGGAGAAUAACAGCAACCCAAAUCAGCCGAGUUCAAACGACACUUCAAUGGAUAUGCAUGCAGAUAGCCCUUCCCAUGAUUCUCCAUACUAGAAGAUAUGUAUCUGCAUUCUGGGAUCUAAGAAGCACUGUUGGAGGGGAAGUGAAUUGCGGAAUUUUAGGAAAGCAAUGUGGGAAUUUUGUGGGUGUUUGGUGAUGAGUUUAAGCUUUGGUCGAUGAUCAACAAACGUGCCACAAGGUUUGUGCCGAAACGAGGUUUGUCUGGUUUUACGCUGAUAUUUCGAAAAAUGUGCUUUGGUUCUUUGGGUCUCUCAUGUCUGUGUUGAUAUAUUAUUUUAUCAUCCUAGUGUUCUCUCGUAUUGAUUUCUUAUUUGUCAUUGGAUAACAGGACAUGUUUUUCGAUUUCUAUAUAAGUUCGAUUGAUUGAUUAAUCUUGUCUGGGUUUUAUCGUUCUCUGAUGGAGGACUUUUCUACAUUGUGAGUCUUUAUUAAACCUCAAAUGGCUAAAUGCAGGCACAUUUGCUCGCUGCCUGUUCUGUUCUGUUUUAUUCUUUCGUUUAGGAAACAGCCACCUAGAGAAACAGCCAUCCUCCCUAAUCCUUGCCUUUAAGUCAUUUUGGCUUAUUUUAUUUUAUUUAUAUUUUCUUUCUUUUUUCGUUUUCCAAAUUCGUUGCCUUUAUACCUAGCUUUAUGUCAUUUUGGCCGAUUUUGUUCUUUCUUUCCGUUUUGUUUUCCAAAUUAUCAGUUUUAUAUGUGGCCAACAUU